AAUAUGGGACUUGGAAACCAGCUUCUAACCCAAGCUAACCACACACUUCAUGUUACUGUCAAUACUUCUGACCUUUGCAUAUUGUCUUCCGUGACUUCAUCCCUUUGGCCAGUGAUUCUAGGCUAAGAUGGAGCAGUCAGAGCCCUUACUCAGAAUUUUUUUUUAAAUUCAAACUAAGAGAAAGAAAGUUGCUCUGCAGUGUGGAAGCGCAUAGAGCCUAAAGCACAGGAGCUGUCCGCAGUCACGGGUCCUGCCCUAUGGAGCCAGCUGAUAUGCAGUGGAAAAGAAGCCGACAUGCAGAAGGCAGCCGAGAACUAUGUGUGCUCAGUACUGCAUCUCCUUUGCUGAUGUUGAACAAGCCCAUACCAACAUCCAAGAUGUUAUCCACCUCACACCGGUGCUGACAAGCUCCAUUUUCAAUCAAGCAACGGGGCGAAAUCUUUUCUUCAAAUGUGAACUCUUUCAGAAAACUGGAUCUUUUAAGAUUCGUGGUGCUCUGAACGCUGUCCGAGGCUUGAUUGCUGCCACCUCGGAAGGAAAGCCUAAAGCAGUCGUGACUCACAGCAGUGGGAACCAUGGCCAGGCUCUCACCUAUGCUGCCAAACUGGAAGGAAUCCCUGUUCAUGUUGUUGUACCCCAAACAGCUCCCAACUGUAAGAAACUGGCCAUACAAGCCUAUGGCGCCUCUAUUGUGUACAGCGAGCCGAGUGAUGAGUCUAGAGAAAAUGUUACAAAGAGAAUUGUGGAAGAAACAGAAGGCAUCAUGAUACAUCCCAACCAGGAACCUGCAGUGAUAGCUGGGCAAGGCACAAUUGCCCUGGAAGUGCUGAACCAGGUUCCCUUGGUGGAUGCACUUGUGGUUCCGGUAGGAGGAGGAGGAAUGGUUGCUGGAAUAGCAGUUACGGUUAAGGCUCUGAGACCUGACGUGAAGGUUUAUGCUGCUGAACCCUUGAACGCAGAUGACUGCUACCAGUCCAAACUGAAAGGGGAACUCACACCCAAUCCUGGCCCUCCAGAAACCAUAGCAGACGGCGUCAAGUCCAGUAUUGGCUUAAACACCUGGCCUAUUAUCAGGGACCUUGUGGAUGACAUAUUCCUUGUCACAGAGGAUGAGAUUAAGUAUGCGACCAAGCUGGUGUGGGAAAGGAUGAAGCUACUGAUUGAACCGACAGCUGCUGUUGGAGUGGCUGCUGUACUUUCUCAGCAUUUCCAAACUGUUUCCCCAGAAGUGAAGAAUAUCUGUGUUGUGCUCAGUGGUGGAAAUGUAGACUUAACCUCUGUAACUUGGAUGAAACAGGCUGAAAGGCCAGCUCAGUCUGUCUGUGUUUAAGUUACCCAAAAGGAAGAGAUGGGAUACAAUGUCUCUAAACAUGUGGGACUUUGUUUUCUGGUUAUUGUC